CUUGGUCUUGGAGGCCCGCCGGGACGCCGCCUACCCCUGCCCUGCCCUGCCCUGCCCUGCGUACUAGGGUUUGUUUCCUUCGUCGCCCCCACGACCGUGUCCCGGCGACGGCAACGGCAAGGCAAGAUGGCUGGAUAUAUGUCAAGAGGGCCCCCAAACGGUUCGGUUUAUGUGUGCAACCUGCCUCCUGGAACUGAUGAGACUAUGCUGGCUGAAUAUUUUGGCACCAUAGGGUUGCUAAAGAAGGACAAGAGGACUGGGCGUCCAAAAAUUUGGAUAUAUAGGGACAAGGUUACCAAUGAACCAAAGGGUGAUGCAACGGUCACCUAUGAGGAUCCACAUGCUGCUUCAGCUGCGGUGGACUGGUUUAAUAACAAAGAUUUCCAUGGGAGUAUUAUCCAGGUUCACAUAGCUGAGUCAAAAAGUAAAGAUACAUUCGAUAGUUCCACGAAUUUGGCCAUCACUGCUGACCUUGGUGGACAAGAUGAAUUGGAUAACGGUGUUGGCAGAGGUAGAGGACGCGGUGAUGGUCCAGGAAAGGCCUGGCAGCAAGAUGGGGAUUGGAUGUGUCCAAAUACAAGUUGUGGCAAUGUAAACUUUGCCUUCCGUGGUGUUUGUAAUCGCUGUGGAGCUGCUCGCCCUGCUGGUGUUGGUGGAGCUGGUGGUGGUGGUGGCGGUAGGGGUAGAGGCCGUGGUGGCGCUGAUGCAAGAGGAAGCAGCCGUGCUGGUGCUGGUGCUGCUGCUGCUACUGCUGUUGGUGGUCCACCUGGAUUGUUUGGUCCAAAUGAUUGGCCAUGUCCAAUGUGCGGUAACAUAAACUGGGCUAAGCGGACCAAAUGUAAUAUAUGUAACACUUCCAAGCCUGGUACUAAUGAAGGCGGUGUAAGGGGUGGCCGUGGUGGUGGGUACAAAGAGCUUGAUGAAGAAGAACUAGAGGAAGUUAAAAAGCGUCGGAAAGAGGCUGAGGAGGAUGAUGGAGAGAUAUAUGAUGAGUUUGGCAACCUCAAAAAGAAAUUCCGUGCCAAAGCACAGCAUACUGAAAGUGCACAGACUCUUCCUGGGUCUGGAAGUGCUGGAUGGGACGUUGAGCAUCGCGGUUCAAGUGAAAGGGAAGGCAGGGAGAGGAGCAGGGAUCGUGGUAGGGACGAUUAUGAUGGCAAAGAAAUCAGGAGCAGGGAUCAUGCUCGAGAGCGGCGCCGGAGCCGGAGCCGGAGCCGAGAUCGCGACAGGGAAAGGGGGAGGGACAGAGGAAGGGACCAUGACUAUGAGAGGAGUCGAGAGCGCGACCGUGACCGCCGCCACAGGUGAAGAGAGAAACGACAGGGCUUUCUGUUCCUCCCUUACAUUGCUUUUGCCGAUUUUUGUAGCCGUGGACCUGUGGUAUUGUUGUUAUUAGCAUCUUGGCGCGUAUUUUUCCUGGGGACCUGAUGUUGCUUUGAAUGAUUUGCUGCACUGGCGCACGCUAUUCUGAUAACUUACUGUUUGUAAAAUCGAGUGUGACAUUGACCGGGCCGAUGUUGGGCCGCCCCAAGCUCGAAGCAGCUGUGCAUUUCUGUGCAACAAA